AUGUACCAGCAUGUCACGCAUCGCUAUCGGCGAUCUCAGAAAUCACAACGCUCAAGCCUUGAUCUAGCUCGAACCGCCAGACAGGGACUGUCGACGCUCCAACGUGCAAAUCAGGGCUACCAACGUCCCCUUGACAAGGUGCUUUUCAUGUCAUAUGGCCGCAUUGGCAAACGAAGACAUGAACUUCUGGCACAGCUGAUGAAGCCGCCAGUGCCCCAGAAUCAUGAGGCCGUGAAGGAGCUUCUUGCGCAGCCAAUUUUAUUUGAAGAGGGCUGGGAGCCGCCGGAGAUUGUGCUCAGUCUUGCCAAAUCUCAAAUGCACAAUGGUGUGCUAUCAUCGUCACGGAUACGACCCGCAUUAAAGAGUCUCUCUCCUCCUAUACUUGAGACCAACAGCUGGGGUAAACCAAUGCCUAGAAUUCGAUGCAUCAAUAUUCGGAAAAAGUGGUAUGGCAACUUAUUAGAGGCUCUGCUUCCACCACUGCCCGAUCACGAUCUCCGGACUCUAAAUGGUCUGAUUGAGGGCACUGUGGAUUGGGCUCCACAGCUGCGGCGACAUGCAGUCCGAUCUGCCGUGUCUCCGGACAUCGAUGAGAGUCUCGACCAUGAACAUCUCCUGGAAUUCUUAACACGAGGUCCUCAGAAGGGCCACACGUUCCGCGAGUUCAUGAAUGGUCGGCCCCACGUAAUUACUCGUCGCUUCAUGCGUCGAAUGUGGAGGCGGGUGUCCUCCCUUGUGCCUCGAAUGCACCAGACUCCCACGUCGAAUAAGGUCUACUUUGUUUGGGACACUCCAAAAGUGAUGCCUCAGGUCGCAUUUGAACUGGAUGGCGAUGCUGCCCUUGAGGAUGUCUUUGGGCCGCCGGUUGAAAACGGACAACAGGUCUCCCCAACCAGCAACCCCGUUGUAGCGCACCCGACGGGUACUCAGAAAGACUCGCCAGUCUGA